GAACCUUCCCCUUUCCUGUACCCCUGCCCCCAGUGAAGCUGAUCCAGUCAGCCUUGGCUCAAGCCUCCCUUUUGCUGUUGCCCUGUGUGGAAGAUCUUUUUGUUUCCCACCACAAACUCUCCUGAUUCAGCUCCAGGUGGGCUUUGGCUUUCCAACCCCAUGCCUGGAAUACUCAGAACACCUGGCAAAUGAUCUGCAUCAGCAAAGGGCAUCAAGAGGAAGGGAGAGGAAAGCAUUUCCCUGGAGAAGCAGUGUCCAGUGGGCGUUGGAGUGAGGUGAGAGGGAGGAGAGAGCAGCAGGCAGGACGUGCUGCGAGGAGAGGAGCCUUUGUGUGCUCUGCUGCUCUGUGCGGGGCAGGGCAGAGCUGGGGCUGUCCCUGCAGAGGCAGCUGCCAACAAUGGCAAGGCACUGCCCCGAGCCAACAUCCCCUGCCUGCACGGGACCCUGCGGCAUGGGGACACAUCCUGUGCUGCACGGACACGCUCCCAUCCCGGGUGUCCUCAGGCCUUGCACGGCACACGUGAAAGGAGCUGCAGCACAGACCAAGCAUGUCAGAAAUGAGGAAAUGAAAUGGCAGCGUUGAUGGGAAUCAAACCACAAUGUGUGGCGUUAGGGAGGAGAUUUUGCUGUGGAGGUGAAUGUGUUGGAAAAUUACUGUCCUUGUGUAGUGCCUGUGGGCCUGGGGCAGUGCAGGAGCAGUAUAAAAGGGGGCCCUUCUCCUGGCUCUCUCAUUCACUCCUCUCACCUCCAUCUCCUUGGGAUCAAGGUGAGUCUCAAGCCCUUUCUUUUCUUCCCCCUUUGGCCUUUUUGAUCACAUUCUCUGCUUUUAAUCCCAUCUGUGUUCUUGACAACAGCUUGUUAUGGGGGAGGGAAGGGGCAGAAGCCGUGCAUGGAGAGAGGCUGGGUUUUGUCUGAGAUGUCUCCUGAGUUCUGGCCAAGACGUGGAAGUCCCUGGGCUCGGUCACUCUUCAGGAGAUUCUUGGGGGCUUGAGCAAACAGUGAGGCUGCUGGGCCUCUCUAAGCAACCUCCAGCUAUCUUCUGCUUCUCUGCUUUUCUCCAUCACAGUGGCCCAUCACACUGCUGUGACAUAGCCCUUUCUGAGCUCUGCUUGCUCCUCUCCUCUCUGCCCCACAGGUGCAUCUGCAGCCCCAAGACAUGUCCUGCUACACCCCGUGCCGGCCCUGCCAGCCCUGCGGCCCCACCCCGCUGGCCAACAGCUGCAACGAGCCCUGUGUCAGGCAGUGCCAGGACUCCACCGUCAUCAUCGAACCCUCGCCCGUGGUGGUGACCCUGCCCGGCCCCAUCCUCAGCUCCUUCCCACAGAACACCGUCGUGGGAUCCUCCACCUCGGCUGCUGUUGGCAGCAUCCUCAGCUCUCAGGGAGUGCCCAUCAACUCUGGGGGCUUUGGCCUCUCGGGCUUGGGCAGUGGCCUCUGUGGCACGAGGUGCCUCCCCUGCUGAAGCUGCUGGUGACGGCCCUGGGGAAGGAAGCCAGGGACUCACAGAACAGUA